GUGGACUCUCACUACUGCCCCAGCUGCCUGGAAAACAUGCCUUCAGCUGAAGCCAAGCUGAAAAAGAAUAGGUGUGCUAACUGCUUUGACUGCCCCUGCUGCAUGCACACCCUUUCCACCCGGGCCACAAGCAUUCCUGAUCCACUCCCUGAUGACCCGGCCAAGACUACCAUGAAGAAAGCGUAUUACCUGGCCUGUGGAUUUUGCCGCUGGACUUCCCGGGAUGUGGGCAUGGCAGACAAGUCUGUCGCUAGUGGUGGCUGGCAGGAGCCGGAGAAUCCUCACACACAGAGGAUUAACAAACUGGUUGAGUACUACCAGCAGUUGGCUCAGAAAGAGAAGAUCGAGCGGGACCGGAAGAAGCUGGUGCGGCGCCGAAACUACAUGCCCCUGGCCUUUUCGCAACACACUAUACACGUAGUGGACAAAUAUGGCUUGGGAACCAGGCUUCAACGCCAGAGGCCCGGAGCACCAAUCAGUGCCCUCGCUGGACUCUCGCUGAAAGAAGGAGAGGACCAGAAGGAGAUCAAGAUUGAGCCAGCUGAUGCAGUGGAAGAAGUGGAACCUCUUCCUGAGGAUUACUACACAAGGCCAAUCAAUCUGACAGAAGUGACAACUCUGCGUCAGCGUCUGCUGCAGCCUGACUUGCAGCCGAUCUGUGCUUCCCAGCUCUACCCACGUCAUAAGCACCUCCUGAUUAAACGUUCACUGCGCUGUCGGGUAUGUGAACAUAACCUGAGCAAACCAGAAUUCAAUCCAACGUCUAUCAAAUUCAAGAUCCAGCUGGUUGCUGUUAACUAUAUGCCUGAAGUGAGAAUCAUGUCUAUUCCCAACCUGCGCUACAUGAAGGAGAGCCAAGUCCUUCUGACUCUGACCAAUCCAGUGGAGAACAUCACACAUGUCACGCUGCUGGAGUGCGAGGAGGGAGACCCUGACAACAUCAACAGCACUGCCAAGGUGGCAGUUCCUCCGAAGGAGCUUAUUCUGGCUGGCAAAGAUGCUGCGGCAGAAUAUGAUGAGCUGGCAGAGCCUCAGGACUUCCAGGAUGACCCUGAUGUUAUUGCCUUCAGAAAAGCCAAUAAGGUAGGAGUUUUCAUCAAGGUCACCCCACAGAAAGAAGAGGGUGAAGUGACCGUGAGUUUCAAGAUGAAGCACGACUUUAAAAUCCUCACCGGUCUAAUCCGGCCCAGCGAGGAAAGUGAUCAUACCUCUGGGGUCGUCUGGCUCACCCAUCAUGUGGAGCUCAGCCUCGGUCCAGUGCUCCCAUAAACGCUCCCAAUGCUUGCGCCCCGACGGCUGGCCACAGGACGGGCUGUCACAGCGAGGAAAGCACCUAGUGAAGCGUUCUGCGAGAGCUCUUUUGUGAUGUGUGGGUGUGUGCCACGGGCCCCAGCCGGGCCGCGAGCAGGUGGCUGAGGGUGCCAUGGUUUGGGAUGGUUUGUUCUCUCUCCUCUUGUCGUAGUGCCCACUAACUA